AUGGCGGGUGCGGCAGCGGUAGUAGCUGUGCUCGUGCUCGCCGCGGCGCACGGCGCGCUCUGCGGAUCGAGCCACGUUGAGUUCGCGGGGGCCGUCGCCCGCGACCGCAGUGCGCCAGCGCCGUCGUCCUGGCACCGCGGGAACAGCACGGCGCCGGCGCUGGAGGGGUGCGGGUGCGAGCCGACUCCGCCCUCGUGGAGGUUCCUUAACGACAAGCUGAGGGCGCUGUACCCGGUGAUCCAGGCGUUCAAGCAGACGAUCACGUGCGACCCGCUGGGCGUGACGGCGACGUGGACGGGCACGGAGCUCUGCGACAGCUUCUUCAACGGCACCACCUACUACAAGGGCUUCUACUGCGACUACCCGCCGGACGCGCCGAAGAAUCUCACGGUGGCGUCCAUCGACUUCAACGGCUUCGGCCUGUGCGCGCCGUCGCUGGCCGGGUUCAUCGACGCGUUCCCGGACCUCGCCCUAUUCCACGCCAACUCCAACAACUUCUCGGGCGACGUGCCGGACCUGACCCACCUCCAAUACUUCUACGAGCUGGACCUGUCCAACAACAACUUCUCGGGCGCGUUCCCGGACUCCGUCGUGCCGCUGGGCGGGCUGCUGUUCCUGGACGUCCGCUUCAACCGGUACGCGGGCGCCGUGCCGGCGCCGGUGUUCGCGCUCACCGUCGAGGCGCUGUUCCUCAACAACAACGGGUUCAGCGGGCGGAUCCCGGACACGUUCGGCAGCACGGGCGCGCAGUACCUGGUGGUGGCCAACAACCAGUUCACGGGGCCCAUCCCGCGGUCCAUCUACAACACGUCGGCGACGCUGUCGGAGGUGCUGUUCCUCAACAACCGCCUGUCCGGGUGCCUCCCCUACGAGGUGGGGCUGGUGGAGGGGCUCGUCGUGUUCGACGCCGGCGGGAACGAGAUCACGGGGCCGAUCCCGCUGUCGUUCGGAUGCCUCCGCGACGUGGAGGAGCUCAACCUGGCGGGCAACCAGCUGUACGGGCAGGUCCCCGACGUGGUGUGCCUGCUGGCGAGGAACGGGAAGCUGGGGAACCUGUCGCUGUCGAACAACUUCUUCCACUCGGUCGGGCACCACUGCAUGGAGCUCGUGCGGAGCAGGGUCCUGGACGUCCGGCGCAACUGCAUCCUGGGGUUCCCUGACCAGCGGCCCCCGCUCGAGUGCGCCGCCUUCUACGCCGACCCCUCCAAGCACUGCCCCUUCAUCCCGCACAUCCCCUGCGAUUUGCCUGGGUACAAGCCGCCGCAUCCCCAUGCCGCCGCGGCGCUGCCGGCCUCGGCCUCGGCCGCCGCCGCCGGCGCGCCGGCGCACCCUCACCAAGGCCAUGGGGGUGGGAACUGA